AUGCAUAUUUCAGCGAAACUCCAGGCUGCCGCCAAGGAGAAGAAGGCGACCUACUCGUUCGAGUUCUUCCCUCCCAAGACGGCCCAGGGUGUUCAGAACCUUUACGAUCGUAUGGACCGUAUGCACAACUUCGGUCCCUCAUUCAUUGAUAUCACAUGGGGCGCUGGUGGCCGACACGCCUCGCUUACCUGCGAGAUGGUCAAAGUUGCCCAAACCGUCUACGGUCUCGAGACCUGCAUGCACUUGACUUGUACCGAUAUGCCCAGGUCAAAGAUUGAUGAAGCCCUGAAGGAGGCCCACGACGCAGGCUGCACAAACAUUCUCGCUCUCAGAGGUGACCCUCCUCGUGAAAAGGAAAAGUGGGAGGCUACUAGCGGAGGUUUCAGAUACGCAAAGGAUCUCGUCAAGUACAUCAAGGAGACCUACGGCGAUCACUUUGACAUUGGUGUCGCUGGAUACCCAGAAGGCUGCGAUGACAACGACGAUCCCGAAGAGCUGAUCCAGCAUCUGAAAGAGAAGGUUGAUCUUGGUGGUACUUUCAUCGUCACCCAGAUGUUCUACGAUGCCGACAUCUUCCUCGACUGGGUCAAGAAGGUCAGAGCUGCUGGUAUCACUGUUCCUAUUGUCCCUGGUAUUAUGCCCAUCUCCACCCACGCUGCUUUCCUGCGACGCGCAAACUGGUCCAACAUUCACGUUCCACCUUCGUGGCACGAGGCUCUCGAGCCCGUCAAGAACGAUGAUGCUGCUGUCAGAGAUGUCGGUACUGGUCUGGUUGUCGAAUUGUGUCGCAAGCUUCUCGACAACGGCAUCAUGCACUUGCACUUCUACACCAUGAACUUGGCUCAAUCCACGCGCAUGAUCCUGGAAGAGCUCAGCAUCACUCCCUCGCAAGAAACUCCUCUCGAAAAGCCCCUUCCCUGGAGGCAGUCUCUUGGUCUCAACCGCCGCGACGAAAACGUUCGUCCCAUUUUCUGGCGUAAUCGCAACCGUUCCUACAUUGCUCGCACUCAAGAUUGGGAUGAGUUCCCUAACGGCAGAUGGGGUGACAGUAGAUCUCCCGCUUACGGAGAGCUCGACACGUAUGGUAUUGGCUUGAAGGGUACCAACGAGCAGAACCGCAAGCUUUGGGGAGAGCCUAAGAACUUCCGCGAUGUGGCCAAUCUUUUCGCCGGCUACAUGCAAGGCAAAGUCGAGUCUCUGCCUUGGAGUGAAAGUCCCAUCACCGACGAGGCCGAUGCUCUUCGCAAGGAUUUGAUCGACCUCAACCAGCGUGGUCUUCUGACCAUCAACUCGCAACCUCCUGUCGAUGGUGCUAAGUCUAGUCAUCCCGUCUAUGGAUGGGGUCCUCGCAAUGGCUACGUCUACCAGAAGGCCUACCUCGAAGUUCUGGUUUCUCCUGAACUGAUCUCUGAGCUUAUCACUCGCAUGGAGCGUAACCCUAACAUCACCUACUUCGCUGUUAACCAACACGGUGACCUGAAGACCAAUUCCCCUGAUGAGGGCCCCAACGCUGUCACCUGGGGUGUCUUCCCUGGCAAGGAGAUUGUGCAGCCUACCAUCGUGGAGACUGUGUCUUUCCUCGCUUGGAGAGAUGAGUUCUACCGCCUCGGUCUUGACUGGUCUCGUUGUUACGACGCAACAUCUCCUUCUCGCUACGUCAUCAACGAUUUGAUGCAGAACUGGUACCUCGUCAACAUCGUUAAUAACGAUUUCCGCGAGCAACGUGGCAUCUUCCCUCUCUUUGAGAACCUCGAAGUUCCCGAGAUGGACAAGGACAUGCCAGUCCCCGAAGUUCCUCAGCAGGUCAAUGGCACCGCUAACGGCGACAAGCACGAUGAAGAGAAGAAGGAAGAGCCAAAGGUUGGCAACGGCGACGUCACCGACACUAAAAUUCCUGACAGCGUGCACAAGAAACUCGAAACGGAAAUUAAUGGCGCAGACGAAAAGCCCGCUACCGAGCCCAAGGAUGCACCUGCCCACAACACCGGAGCAGGCCCUUCCACCAGCGUCUAA